AUGGGCAGGCCAAGUCAAGCCAGAGCAGGACAGGUAGGGCUAAGCCAAACAGGGCAGGCCAAAGCAGGGCAAGCCAAGGUAAAGGCAGGGCAAAGGCAGGGCAAAGGCAGGGAAAAGGCAGGGCAAAGGCAGGGCAAGGGCAAGGGCAAGGGCAAGGGCAAGGGCAAGGGCAAGGGCAAGGGCAAGGGCAAGGGCAAGGGCAAGGGCAAGGGCAAGGGCAAGAGCAAGGGCAAGGGCAGGGCAGGACAUCGAAAAUUCAUCAUGCCCUGCCAAGCCCAAAAAUUAGUUUCUGCCUUUUAA